CGCACGUACGCAGAAUAUUCUGGGUAUUUGGUGAAGCUUUCCAGGACGGCUAGCAUGAACCGAGGAGCCUUCAUUCAUAAUCCGCUCAGCCUGAUAUUUGUUUUAAACAAAGCUCAAUAAAAAAAUUUAAAAAUACGAUACAAUGACACUCACACCUCUGGUUUACUGGGCUCAACGCCAUGAAGAGAUUUACCUGCGAGUGGAGCUGACAGACGCUCAGAAUAUUGAUGUCCAUGUACAUGAAGGAGUGCUUCAGUUUAGAGCCCAGGGCCAUGGUGCAAAAGGACAAAAUGAGUAUGAGUUCAGCUUGGAGUUGCUUUCACCAGUAAAGCCAGAGGUGAGCCACAAGUCCACGCAGAGACAGGUGAAUAUUACAGUGCGGAAAGAGCAGCGAGGUUGGUGGGAAAGACUAACGGUACAGGAGCGCAAACCAGUCUUUCUGAUACCUGACUUUGACCGCUGGCUGGACGAGUCAGACGCUGAGAUGGAGAUCCGGGAAAAGGAGGAGAAGCGGAAUAGGAUGAAGGCUUUGAGGCAUAAAGAGGAAGGGUUUGUCAGCCUGAAAACUGGAUUUUUGUUUGUAUAUAACCUGGUACAGUUUCUUGGUUUUUCAUGGAUCUUUGUCAACAUGACUGUGCGGCUCUUUAUCUUUGGCCAAGAUUCCCUCUACGACACAUUUCACACCAUAUCGGACGUGAUGUUCUUCUGCCAGAUCCUGGCAGCAGUAGAGGUCCUCAACGCUGCUUUUGGUGUAGUCCGGACAGGUGUUAUUCCAACUCUUAUACAGGUGGUUGGACGGAAUUUUAUCCUCUUCAUCAUUUUUGGUAGUUUGGAAGAAAUGCACAACCAGCCAGUUGUGUUCUUUGUUUUCUAUCUGUGGAGCGCCAUUGAGAUUUUUAGAUAUCCGUUUUACAUGCUGGGCUGUUUCAAUACAGAGUGGAAAACUCUCACAUGGCUGCGGUACACAAUUUGGAUACCACUGUACCCAUUAGGUGUUAUAGCUGAAGCUGUUGCUGUGAUACAAUCCAUUCCUAUCUUUGACGAGACCAAGCUCCUCAGCAUUCCUCUGCCAAAGGCCAUCGGUACCUCGAUCAGCUUCUCAUACUUCCUGCACAUUUAUCUUGUUCUCAUGUUUCUAGGACUUUUUAUCAACUUCCGUCAUCUUUACAAGCAGAGGAAGAGGCGUUUCCAUACCAAGAAGAGGAAAGCAAAUUGAGAUUCAGCGCCAACAAAACACCUUUGCUGCCUGCGUGUUUUUGGAGAACAUUCUAAAUGAUUCUCAUAAAUCAUGCACCAGUCAAAUCAGUUCUAGUUUUUGUUAAAGUUGUUUUUGCUUUCACUAAGAGUUUCAUUCAUGGUCAUCAUGAAAAAGAGGAUGCAGUAUUUCAUAAUUGACGGUCUAAUUUAGUAGUGAUUGAGUUAUCUGUAUUUUGUAGAUUAGUGAAGAGCUGUAAGUUGAUAUCCUGUGUGAUACUCUUCUUUCCCCUUUCAAUCUUUUUUUUUUUUUUUU